AUGGGACCUGAACUCAAGAGACAUCGGGCGAAUCAUUGUUAUCGAAUCAAUAUUUAUGCGAUUGCACCAACCCAUCCACUGGGUAUUAAGCCUUCUGGAAAUGCACUUCUCUCAGCUGUUUCCAAUGAGGAAGAAAUAAACCGAAAACUAUUGGGUGAUCUGGCGCGCUUCCCCGAAGACUUACUGGUGGAGUUGUUGUCAUAUAUCACAGAUCCCCAGGACUUGAAAAAUCUAGGACACUGCUCUAGAAUAUUAUACGCAUACACUUAUGGUGAGGACCACUGGAGAAAUUUGUAUCUAAAAGAAUAUGAGCGUCUUGAAAAAUUGAGGAAAAGUAGUGAAAUAGUACCUUUUGGUAGCCAGAAAUGGAGAGGUUCUUGGCGAAAAUCAGUCCUAGCGUUAGAUAAUGAAGCUCUCGUUCAGGCAAAUUCUCUGAUCUUCUCCGAUCUGUUGUACAGACCUUAUCAGUGUUCUAAUAUCGAUUACACGAGUUUGUUCAAAAGAAUUAUAGAUUACGAAAGAAGAUCUAGCGAGAUGUGCCUUACAUUAAAUACAGAGUUCGGAGUUGAGCGUUUCCGUGAAGGAUCUUUAUCACUGGACGACUUCCAAAGCAAAUAUAUCAAUAAACCAUUCAUACUUCAAGCGGAAGCUGGUAGCAACAGAUGGCCUAAAUGGGGGUUUGAUGAAUUACUUAAUAUGUUCCCAGAGGAAAGCUUUCGACAGGAAGCUGUCCAGUGGAACCUAUCAAAAUACCUCGAGUACGCAAAAAAUAAUCGGGAUGAAUCACCUUUAUAUCUCUUUGAUUGUAAGGGAGAUCCAAUGAAAAAGCUAUCUCAGGAAUACGAAGCGCCAGCGAUAUUCAAAGAUGAUGCAUUCAAAUUAUUUCAAAGCGGCGAGGUUCAGUGCCGCCCAGACCAUCGAUGGCUUAUCGCUGGUCCAGGUCGUAGCGGAUCAACUUUUCACAAAGAUCCUAAUCACACAUCGGCUUGGAAUGCGGUGCUGACUGGAAUGAAGUUAUGGGUGAUGUUACCGCCCGAUGUUCAAGUGCCAGGCGUAAGCACCGAUAAGGAAGAAGAAGAAGUCACUGCGCCUAUUGGAACCUCAGAAUGGAUACUGUCCGGAUUCUAUAAUGAUGCGGUUAAAUUGGCUGAGCUGGGAAAAUGCAUGAUAACAGUUACUUUUCCUGGUGAAUGCAUUUAUGUGCCCUCCGGCUGGUGGCAUUCUGUAAUAAAUUUAACAGAUUGUGUUGCCAUAACAGAGAAUUUUGUACCAGAGCCUCUUCUUGUUAAAGUUUUGAGUUUCUUGAAAGACAAGCCAACGCAGAUUUCCGGUUUUCACUUGAAGGAUUUAGGAAGAUCGGUAGAUGCAUUCCUGAGAAAUCUGCAAACGGAAGAAGCUUCUUCAGAUACAGUCAAUCAUAUAUCAAGCUUGAAAGAAUUCGUACAAGCUAGUAAAGAACAUGAGUUCGACAAUGAGGACUGUGGUGUGAAAUGCGAGUCUGAAGUGUACGUUCCGGUCUACGAAUUUUUUGUCGAACUCCUGAAGAGAUCCAAGCAUAAAGAAGCCGCCGAAAUGGCUUUGGAAGAACUAAAAAAGUUAGAUCAAAUGAAGCAUUCCGAGAGAGUGAGGGACUCAGAUAUGUGGAAUGAACUAAAAAAAGGAAGCAGUGAGUCUUUCUCUUUCAGUUUUGACCUUGAGUGA